GCAAGAGGCGGUCCACGAUGAUAUACGUUCGAGGUUAUGUGUCGCAUCCAUGUCACGCCCAAGUACCGCCGCCGCAUUCGCUGCUUCAUCUUCGGGUCUAUGUCCUCGGUCGAAGUUCUGGUCAACUUUACCCCGCGCUACAACGUCAGGGUCCACCGGAUACCGCCUCACGCAGGCUUCACGCCGCGGCUGUACUCGUGCUUGCGAGUGCAUGGGGAGCUGUACAUGGUCUUGAUGGAGUACUUCCCUAGCGAGAAUAGUGUGGUACCUCAAGGAAGCAAGCAUGUCUCUUCCGCGGUCGCUCUACGCAGACGUCGACACAGCGAUCUAAACGCUGCAUGAGGCGAGCAUUGUUCUUGGCGGCCUCGGUCUACCGAACAUCACGUGUGUGCCGGGGUCGGACAGGUCGCCAGAGGCCCGGACGGUCUGCGGGCGAAGCUUGUGGAAUUCGGCUGGGCAGGCACCGACGGCGAGGGCAGGUACCCGGCGACUCUGAACCACGGGCUGGACGACUGGACGGGUUCGGACGGUAUGAGGUGAUGCGCAAGGAGUACGAUCUCGCGCAACUUGGGCGAGUACGAGAGGUGUGCAAGUAGUCGCCUGAUGUGCGUGCAAGCGUCGUUAGCCUUGGCGAUUGCAUCUACGUCUUCGCAUCCACGCUGUUUCAUUCACCUUUGUUGUUGCUCAUGGCCUGCAUGCUUUUGCCAUUCACGUCCGUUGCACGACACGAACGUCGUUUCCGUUUGGACCAUGUUUGGCAUAUCUGUAGUAUAAUGUAGUAUAAUGACGACAAUAUAUCU